AUGGGGAACCUAGGGUUCUCCACGCCCUUCGACGAAAACAUCAUGAGGGCUCUCACCCCUCGAAAGGUUAAAGUUCCCCCUAUCGAUCAUUACGAUGGGACAACUGAUCCUAUCGAUCAUCUGGCUGCCUUUAAAGCGCAAAUGAGCGUUCUAACCAGCAGUGAGGCAGCAUGGUGCAAGUUCUUCCCGACCACUCUAAAGGGCUUGGCCUUAACCUGGUUCACCGAGCUUCCUUUCGGGAGUAUAUCGAGUUUCACUGCCCUUGAGACAGCUUUCAAACAGAACUUCAUUGCGGGAAGAAGACAUCGGAAGACCAGUAUCCACCUCAUGUCGAUCAGACAACGGAGGGAAGAAGACCUAGCUGACUAUAUCAAGAGAUUCAACGAAGAGUCACUCAAAGUUUCCGAUCUACAGAACAGCGUCGCGUUCACCGCGCUCAUGUCUGGGUUAUAUCCCUCGAGUAGGUUCACGCUAAAGCUCGCGGAGAGUGAGGCCUCGUCAUUCUCAGAAGCCAUGAACCUAGCUCAGAAGUUCAUUCAGGCCUCCGAUAUUAGUAAAAUGCACGAGGAGCCUAGCUCCGGAAAGAAAAAGCACGAGUACACCCCUCGAGCGGACAACCCCAGAGAUGUCCCUCGGAAAGAGAAAGACAAGAAGCCUCGAUUAGAAAACCACUGGAAUGACCCCCAGUACAACCUGAAUCAAAGAGAGAUCUACUUGGAUAUCAAAGGGAAGUAUCCCUUGCCGAAGCCCAAUCCCAUCCGAACAUCAGCCAGCAAGCGAGAUAAGAGGCUCUAG